AUGGACAUGGUAUUCUCAAGCCUCAAGGAUUGUUAUUCAAUGUAUGUCAAGUAUGCCAAGGAGUCUGGGUUUUCAGUCAGGAAAGGAACUACAAAGACAAGCUCUAAAGGUGUGUUACAUAUUAAGUAUUACUUGUGUACGAGAUCUAGGUUAUACAAGGACAAGAAGGUUGAUACGUUGGACCCCAAUCAAAAGGAGCAAUUAGUGCGAUCCAACUUUUCAAAGAGGACUGAUUGUGGUGCACUGUUAGGUGUAACUUUUGAGGAUGGAUCAUGGAAGCAUUUUCUUCCAACUGAUCGACACCUCACUCAGCUCCAGAAGCAUGUUAUACACAACAUGUCUAAGCUGAAUUUGGGUCCCGUGAAGGCGUUUAAUGUUAUGAAGACUUGUUUUGGCGGUUUUGAAGAUGUGGGUGCAAGUAAAGUUGAAUUUAAGAACUAUAAGAGAUACUUUAUGGUGUUUGUACCAUUCACUGGUAUAGACAAUCAUCUCUACAAUGUUACAUUUGGUGCAACAUUAUUGGCGUCGGAAACUGCUGAUACGUAUAUUUGGUUGUUGAGAGUUUUUCUAAAGGCUGUUGGUUCUCAACCAAAAGUUGUUGUCACUGACCAAGAUCCAGCAAUGAAGAAGGCUAUUCCUGUUGUAUUUGUUGACACGAGGCAUCGGUUAUGCAUGUGGCAUGUGUUGCAUAAACUUUAUCUGAAGGUUGGUGUUAGGCUAUGGAAUUCCACCAAUUUUAAAGAACGUAUUUGUGGUGUUGUGUGGACGGAUAUUCUCACACCUGAAGAGUUUGAAUCAGAAUGGGAAGCGGUUAUCGCAGAGUUCAAUUUAGCAGAUAAUGACUGGCUAUCUGAUAUUUUUGCACUCAGGGAAUCUUGGAUCCCUGCAUAUUAUAGAAUGGAAGAGAUAUCGGGUCUUAUGCGAACGACAUCGAGGUCGGAGAGUGAGAAUCAUUUUUUUGGUCAAGUGUGCAAUUCGAAAGCUACUUUUUUUGAGUUCAUGACUCAUUAUGAAACUGCAAUAGAAGCACAACAUCACACACACCGGAAAAAUGAUCAUGAAUCUCCAUACAAACGACCCCAGUUGAAGACUGAGCUAAUUGGAAUUGUGGAUUGCAUAAAUCAACGUUAUGAAGAUCAGCCCGAUGGGUUUCUUAAGUUUUACAUAAAUGAAUUCCAACAGCCUUACAAACAUUCCCUGCAUGGCGUUAUAGAGAUAUUGUUUUUGGCGUUUUUCAGGGAAUUUCCAAAACAGUACAUUCUGAAUAGAUGGCGCAAAGAGGCUUCCCCAAAUUGCUUUCCCGAAUACUCAAUUAGUCGUGAAUAUAUGGCCGAGCUUGAUCCCGAUGUGCAAAGUAUGAUGCGAGAUAUUAUUUGUUCAACGGAAUAUACUUUGGAUCGUUUAUCUGGUAAUAAAGAGGAGCCAUCCUUAUACAAGGAUCAUGUUCAAUCUUAUAUGAAGAACGUUCAAGAUAUGCAAAUUGUUGCUCCUCCCGCUAGUACUAGGGAUAGAUUUGCCGAGAUAACCGGUCAGAGUCCUUGUUGGGUAUAA